UCACAUUAUUGGAGCAAUAUAUAUAUUACUUAAAGAACUUUUUAAUCAUCAUACACUUACACCUCCUUUCCACUUAUGGCUAGAAUACAAAGUUAGAUUCUAUAGUAACUUCAGUUAGCUAUAAUUUUAAACGUUCGAUUCUCUGAUACGUUAAUAAUCGAUUUCGAAGUACUGGAAAAGAUGCACGCACACAAUAGCACAAAUGUGAAUCGACUAUCUUGCAAUCAAUGCCAUCAAACUGUUGUAAACAGUCGUUUCCGAACUAUCUACGAACAUGCACCUCUUCGUUCGAGAUCAAACCAAUCAACCACGAAAUCUAAAUUAUGAAAAAGACAUCGUUUACGUGACCAAACAUAAUAAAUGGAUUUUAAAUUCCAUUGGUAUUUGGCCAACCGUAUUAAAAGGCAACGACGAAUAUUUACCAAAAAUUGCAAUUGGACUGAGUAAUUUAAUAUUAUCCUUCACCGUGAUUCAAUGUGUUCUACAUAUAUUAUUGGAACAAAAGGAUCCGAUACUAAGAUUGAAAAUCCUCGGUUUAACUUGCUUUUCUUUUAUCUCAUUGAUGAAAUAUUGGGUUUUAACGAUGCGCAAACCAAAAAUCAAACACUGUAUAGAACAGAUACAACACGAUUGGAAACGGGUAGAAUUCGAAAGAGAUCGAAAAUUGAUGUUAAAAUACGGGAUAAUAGGCCGAAAUUUGAGCAUGUACAGUAUUGUUUUCAUGUAUAGCGGUGGUAUAAUUUAUCACACAGUUAUGCAUUACAAACUCGGAUCAUAUAUUGAUGAAUAUAAUCGUACGAUUAAAUUACUGAUAUAUCCUACAUAUAGUCGUCUCUACGACGUUCAAAAAAGUCCAGUUUAUGAAUUAGUUUAUAUUCUCCAAUGUAUCUGUGGAUACAUGUUCGAUGCUGUAACAGUUGGUGCAUGUGGCUUGGCUGCACUUUUUGCAACGCAUAUUUGUGGACAGAUUGAUAUCGUUAUGGCCAAAUUAGAGGAUUUAGUUGAUGGAAAAUUUUCGAAAGAAAAUUCAAAUCCGAACAUACGACUGAUAGAAAUUAUCGAACAUCAUAUAAAAAUUUUAAGGUACAAAUAGAAAAGUGAUGUAAAUCUGUUGCAUAUCGCUUAUGAAAACGUAUCGUGUGCUAUUGUAGAUUUUCAGCAAUGGUUGAGACAGUACUGCAAGAAGUGUGCUUUUUAGAAUUCGUUGGUUCCACUUUUGUAAUAUGCUUACUUGAAUAUUAUUGCAUUACGGUACGUUUUUGUUGCUUCUCACUUCAAUUUCUAUGAAUUUAUGAUAUUUUUAUGAUAUUUUCAAUAGGAUUGGGAACAAAAUAAUACA